AUGGUGGAAAUCAACGAGGUGAAGGAAGCAAACAGUUCUAGAGAGCACAGAACCGCCACCCACACACAUAUCAAGGGGCUGGGGCUCGACGAGUAUGGAACGGCGAAAAAAAUCGACGGAGGGUUUGUCGGCCAGAGCGAGGCCAGAGAGGCGUGCGGGAUCAUUGUUGAUCUGAUCAAGUCGAAGAAGAUGAGCGGCAAAGCGAUCCUGCUGGCUGGUGGCCCGGGCACGGGAAAGACCGCGUUGGCUCUGGCCAUUUCACAGGAGCUGGGGCCCAAGGUGCCGUUCUGUCCAAUUGUGGGCUCUGAGCUGUACUCUGCCGAAGUGAAGAAAACCGAGGCCCUGAUGGAGAACUUCAGAAAGGCCAUUGGACUCAGAAUCAAGGAGACCAAAGAGGUUUACGAGGGAGAAGUCAUAGAUCUUACUCCCGAAGAAGCAGAGAACCCAUUGGGAGGAUACGGAAAGACAAUCAACCACGUGAUUGUGGGACUCAAAACAUCCAAGGGUACGAAAUCGCUGAAGCUGGAUCCGUCCAUAUACGAGUCGAUCCAAAAAGAACGCGUGAGCAUCGGAGACGUGAUUUACGUCGAGGCCAACACGGGAUCUGUUAAGAGAGUGGGAAGAUCGGACGCAUACGCCACCGAAUUCGACUUGGAGGCCGAAGAGUACGUUCCGCUUCCUAAGGGAGACGUGCACAAGAAAAAAGAGAUUGUCCAGGACGUGACGUUGCACGAUCUCGACAUCGCCAACGCUAGACCACAGGGAGGACAGGACAUUCUGUCCAUGAUGGGCCAGUUGCUCAAGCCCCGCAAGACAGAAAUCACAGAGAAGCUCAGAACCGAGGUGAACAAGGUUGUUUCCAAGUACAUCGACCAGGGAGUCGCCGAGCUCGUGCCGGGUGUUCUGUUCAUCGACGAGGUGAACAUGCUAGACAUUGAGUGUUUUACAUUCUUAAACAGAGCGUUGGAGUCCUCCAUCGCCCCAAUUGUGAUUCUGGCUUCCAAUAAAGGAAUGACCACAGUUAGAGGUACAGAUGAUUAUAAAUCGCCACACGGACUGCCUGCGGAUCUGAUUGACAGACUUUUGAUUGUGAAGACGUUGCCAUACAACCACGACGAGAUCAGAACCAUUGUGAUGAAGCGGGCUAAAGUGGAGUCGUUGUCACUGACGCCGCAGGCCUUGGACAAGCUUGCGCAGAUCGCCUUGUCCACCUCGCUGAGAUACGUUCUGCAACUGCUGUCUCCUGCAGGCAUCAUUGCCAAGGUCAACGGCCGCACGGAAGUGACUGUGGACGAGAUCGAAGAGUGCCAGGUGCUCUUCUUGGAUGCUAGACGUAGCACCAAGGUCCUCGAGGACUCCAAAGGAUAUCUAUAG